UAGUUGUGCGCUUGACCAGCGGGUCCUCUGGAAUUGCGUGGCUGUGAUCGACGCUGCCGUUCGCAGUAAAGGGGAGCGCAUAGACCCGGUGAAGGUCACGGUGUCUUCUCCGGGCGUUCACCCGGGACCGGCGUGAGGAGGUGGCUGCCUGCGCUUUGGAAGCCUCUCAGUCCCGGUCGCGGGACAGCGGAGCGCAGGCGGACUCCAGGCUGCUGCUCAGCUCCUCAGGAAUGCCAUGUCCCUUUUGGCAGCCUGACAUUUUGGAAUUUACACCCUCCUUAAAGGGAGGAUGCCAAGAAGAUGGAGCCAGGCUCUUCUCAGUGACGCCCAGCAGUAGGAAAAGAGGCAACAGGCAGAAACUGAUGCACAGGAAGUUCCACCUGACCAUGAGGAAGAACUUAUUCACUGUGUGGGUAACAUGCACUGAACAGAUUGCCUGGAGAGGGUGUGGAAAGUCCCUCGCGGCAGAUAUUGGACACAAUCCUGUGCCAUGUGCUCUGGGAUGACCCUGCUUCAGCAGGGAGGUUAGACCAGAUGACCCACCUGUGACCCCUUCCAACCUGAACCAUUCUGUAAUUCUGUACCAGGGAAGGUGAUCUGUUCCCUUGUUUCCAGGGCUUUUGGUAUGCCUGGGCAUGUGCCUUCACCAGCCAUCACAGCAGGAAAAGGCAAAACUUCUGAGAAGUCAGCCUGCUCAGAUUGUGGAACCCAAAGGCCUUCUCUAUGUCCAGCAGAGAGAGUUUGCAGUGACUACUCCUAAAGAUGGUUCUGUUUCCAUUCUUGGAUCAGAUGAUGCCACUACCUGCCACAUAGUUGUGCUCCGACACACAGGCAGCGGAGCCACGUGCCUGACACACUGCGACGGCUCAGACACGGAGGCCGAGGUGUCGCUCAUCAUGAGCUCAGUAAAGUCCUUCUCUAACUCCACUGGCUGUGGCAGGCUGGAAGUGCACCUAGUUGGAGGUUUCAAUGAUGAUAGGCAGUUAUCACAAAAACUUACUAAUCAGCUUCUUAGAGCAUUCGAUCUCCAGCCAGAGGAUGUUCAUUUAGUGACUUUCUGCGUAACAGAACUAAAUGACAGAGAAGAACAGGAUAUUCACUUUCCAAUCAUUUAUGGAAUAGCUGUGAAUGUUAAAACAGCAGAGAUUUUCCCUGCCACAUUCCCAGAAAAAGGGCCAGAUGAGGAUCUGCGUUCAGCCCAUGUUUUAACAGGAGCACCACUGACCAACAUCUAUGAUGCAAAGACGGAACAGCUCCGGAUUGGGCCUUAUUUCUGGGGGCCUUUCCCACAUGUGGAUUUCUGGUUGGAACAAGAUGAUGCACAGAUUUUACAGAACCUUUCCACAUCGCCCCUGGCUGAGCCACCCCACUUUGUUUCCCACAUUAGAUCUACAUUAACAUUUCUAAAAGAACAUCCAUUUCCAUCUCGGUCCCUGUUCCCUGACAGGAAACCUCGCAUCUACAAAAAAAAUGAAGAAGGGUUGUGGGAACAGGUUUGUUCUGACAAAAUCUAACCUGGAACCAACCCCCACAAGUGCUUUAGGGAAAUACAAUCUCGCAAGAAGAGCAAUUUGUUGCAAAUAUCAUAUUGCUGGUCACAAAUACCAUUGUUCCUGUGCUUUUCAAAAUAAAAUAUUUUGAUAGAAGUAA